GGGCGGCGGCGGCUUAUGGCGGCGACCGAGCUGAGAGGAGUGGUGGGGCCGGGCCCGGCCGCCAUCGCGGCUCCGGGCGGCGGCGGCGCGGGUCCACCCGCGGUGGGAGGCGGCGGCGGACGCGGGGACGCGGGGCCCGGCUCCGGGGUGGCGUCCGCGACGGCGACGGCGGCGGGUGGCUCGGGCCCCACGGCCGGGGGAGUGGCGGCGGGCGGCCCGGGCUCUGCACCGCCAGCCGCGGGCUCGGGCGGUUCGGGCGCCGGGGGCUCGGGCUCUGCUAGAGAGGGCUGGCUCUUCAAAUGGACCAAUUACAUCAAAGGCUACCAGCGGCGGUGGUUCGUGCUGAGCAACGGGCUGCUGAGCUACUACAGGUCCAAGGCAGAAAUGAGACACACCUGCCGUGGUACCAUCAACCUCGCCACAGCCAACAUCACUGUGGAAGACUCUUGCAACUUUAUCAUUUCCAAUGGCGGUGCUCAGACUUACCACUUGAAGGCCAGCUCAGAAGUAGAGCGGCAGCGCUGGGUGACAGCCCUGGAACUGGCCAAGGCCAAGGCUGUGAAGAUGCUGGCAGAGUCAGAUGAAUCUGGGGAUGAAGAGUCUGUCUCACAAACUGACAAGACUGAGCUUCAGAACACGCUCCGAACACUCUCCAGCAAAGUGGAGGACCUGAGCACAUGCAACGACUUGAUAGCUAAGCAUGGCACUGCCCUGCAGCGUUCCCUCAGUGAGCUGGAGUCCCUGAAGCUGCCUGCUGAGAGCAACGAGAAAAUCAAACAAGUCAACGAACGAGCCACACUCUUUAGGAUAACAUCCAAUGCCAUGAUCAAUGCUUGCAGAGAUUUCCUCAUGUUAGCCCAGACUCAUAGUAAAAAGUGGCAGAAGUCUCUACAGUAUGAAAGAGACCAGCGUAUCCGACUGGAAGAGACUCUUGAGCAGCUGGCAAAGCAGCACAAUCACCUGGAGAGAGCCUUCCGGGGAGCCACGGUGCUGCCAGCAAACACUCCGGGCAGUGCUGGCUCCGGUAAAGACCAGUGCUGUUCUGGCAAAGGAGACAUGAGUGAUGAAGAUGAUGAGAAUGAAUUUUUUGAUGCACCAGAGAUUAUCACCAUGCCUGAAAAUUUGGGCCACAAACGUACUGGUAGCAAUAUCAGUGGAGCCAGCAGUGACAUCAGCCUUGAUGAACAGUACAAGCAUCAGCUGGAGGAGACCAAGAAGGAAAAGAGAACCAGAAUACCAUAUAAGCCAAACUACAGCCUCAACUUGUGGAGCAUCAUGAAGAACUGCAUUGGAAAAGAGCUCUCUAAGAUCCCAAUGCCGGUGAACUUUAAUGAGCCCUUGUCCAUGCUUCAGCGCCUUACUGAAGAUCUGGAAUACCAUGAGCUAUUAGACCGAGCUGCAAAAUGUGAGAACUCUCUAGAACAGCUCUGCUAUGUUGCAGCCUUCACCGUUUCCUCCUAUUCCACUACUGUCUUCCGAACCAGCAAGCCAUUCAACCCUCUCCUUGGGGAGACCUUCGAGCUGGACCGACUGGAGGAGAACGGAUACCGAUCCCUCUGUGAGCAGGUGAGUCAUCAUCCCCCUGCUGCUGCACACCAUGCUGAAUCCAAAAAUGGCUGGACAUUGCGUCAGGAAAUCAAAAUCACCAGCAAGUUUCGAGGCAAAUACCUCUCCAUUAUGCCCCUCGGUACCAUCCAUUGUAUUUUCCAUGCAACUGGGCACCAUUACACUUGGAAAAAAGUUACCACAACAGUACACAACAUUAUUGUGGGCAAGUUGUGGAUAGAUCAGUCUGGUGAGAUUGACAUCGUAAAUCACAAGACAGGAGACAAGUGUAAUCUUAAAUUUGUUCCUUAUAGCUACUUCUCUCGGGAUGUAGCAAGAAAGGUGACAGGAGAAGUGACAGAUCCAUCAGGAAAAGUUCACUUUGCCCUCCUGGGGACAUGGGAUGAGAAAAUGGAUUGUUUCAAAGUUCAGCCAGCCUCUGGGGAAAAUGGGGGUGAUGGUCGACAGAGAGGCCAUGAAGCAGAAGAAAGUAGGGUUAUGCUGUGGAAAAGGAAUCCUUUACCGAAGAAUGCAGAAAACAUGUACUACUUCUCAGAGCUCGCCCUCACUCUCAAUGCCUGGGAAGGUGGCACUGCACCCACAGACAGCCGGUUGAGGCCUGACCAGAGACUGAUGGAAAAUGGGCGCUGGGAUGAAGCAAAUGCUGAGAAGCAGCGCCUAGAGGAAAAACAGAGACUCUCCAGAAAAAAGAGAGAAGCAGAAGCUGUGAAAGCCACAGAAGAUGGCACACCAUAUGACCCCUAUAAGGCACUGUGGUUUGAGCGGAAGAAGGACCCUGUCACCAAGGAGCUAACCCAUAUUUAUAGGGGUGAAUACUGGGAAUGUAAGGAAAAGCAGGACUGGGGUUCUUGCCCAGACAUUUUCUGAAGUGGCUAUAACUCAAAGGAAGAGGGUCGAUCGGAGAAGACGGCAGAGGAUGUGCAGGAAGGCUGGCAGUUGGGACUCUUACCAAGUGCUUUCCUCAAAUUUGUCUGUCUUAACCAAUCACUUUUUCCAAAUCAAUCACCAGAAGCAGACACCCAUGGUGGUGAUUGGCUGGUUGCCUUAGCUGAUUGACGCUGAAAUCGACGUAGUAGAUACUCAUGUUUGUAAGGGGGGAGCGGUUUAGUGGCUGAAAGUUAGUGUUACUCUACAUCUGUAAAGGCAAGUAAAUGUCCGUGGUCUUCUCCCUCUGACCCAAUAUAAGAUGACGUCAUUCACCCUUCCCUUGUAGUGUCCUGCUCAGCGAAGAUCUGCAUAAGAUUGUGAUUCAUGAGCAUUUUGGUGCUGUUCAGAGCAAGAACUGAUUUUAAAGUUCUGUAAAAAGAAACACAUUAAGACUUAAUUGGCAGAGGCAUCUUGCACAUGUCUCAUGUUAGGAAGUGUGCUCACACAUGGGCUUGGUUUAAUGUAGCGGCGUGUGUAAAUAACUAAGGUUUGGGAGCAUCUGCAGGAGAGAUUGUUCUCCAGGGCUGGAAUAUUGAGUUCUUGGAGAUUUUGUCUUCACUUGCAUACAACACCCCUCUGCUGUUUUCUUCUACUUUGACAACAACCAGAGGCCUCUUUUGGUAGUUGAUAAGAGGGCCACACUAUUUUUAUGAAGGGGUUUUAUGGUCUUCCUCAGGUGGAGAACCUCUGAGAACACAGGCAGGGUGGAAGAAGACUGCUAGCCAUUUGUACCUUCCCAGCCCCUCCUCAUCCCGUCUUUCAUUGCCUUUCUGGCGUUUCUCCUGGCACAGUACCAGUUUGGGUUUGUGCCACACUCUGGAGCUAAACAUUGCCUGACCCAUUCUGUACACUUCAGAAUUUGAGAGAAGUUUCUCUGCAACAAACGUUUUCAUCAUCUUGAAAGUCCCAUGGAAUGGAACCACCUCUGGAAUAAUGUGUUAAAUCAUCUGUAUAUUAUGUGUGUGUGUGUGUGUGUGUGUGUGUGUGUGUUUGUAUACGUGUAGAGAAAAAUCUAAUUUUUUUGUUUGUUUUCCUCUUUCCCAUGAAGAAUCUUGGUGUUUUUUGUUUUUUUGUUUUGUUUUGUUUUUUUGUUUUUUGUUUUUUACCUGUCUCCCUGGGACUCUCUUGGACAUGUAUUAAUAUGGGCUGAUGCUCCUCUGCUUUCCACCUUUGAGGGGCACUGCAACCCCAAACAUGUGGCGCUUACUGAACAAAGAUGAGGAGGAGGGUUCGUGCCAUGGUGAUCCACUGCUGCCUCAGCUCUGCUUCCCUGACCACCUGGCUCUUGGAAAGGAAGUCCUAGUCUUUUUCCUGCCUCAGUUUCCUUCCUUAGGAGUAUGGGUAGAAAGUCAGAAAGGUGAUUUCCACCUUCCUUAUGUCCCAGCCAGCUCAGGCUAAAUCCCAAAAGAGUUUUCUUCCAAGGAUGUGAGCUAAGAGCCCUUGUGCCCUUUGGGAACUGCCUGCCGGGCCCUGGCUUGCUUCCUUUAUUUUUUUCUGUAUUAAUUUUAGUUUCCUGUUCAGAAACAUAACCCUUGUGCAACCCACCCUUGGUUGAGGGUCAUAAAUUGAGGUGCCUUCCUUAUGUACUUUUUGUUAAUAUUUUUGGUUUUGUUCCUUAACUAUUGAGCCUCAGCCAUUGUGGGUCCGUGGGGAAAAUACCAUUCCAGAGGAAGCUAUCCCUUCAGGAAAUUGGAUUUUACUGGGUAAAUUAGUAUUUUUAGUCAUCCCCUGCAUCCAUGUUCUCCCUCCCUAGGUCAAAUAUGAUCAAAGAUUGAGCACUGGGGAGUUUCCUCCUAAGAAGGCUUUUCCCAGCACAAGGGGUUACUCCAGGGAGGCCCAUAAGAUGGGUACCAUCUCUGGAGCCUUUGGGUAGAAUGGAAAUUUCCCAAGGAACCUUGUUGCUUUAGCCCCUUUCCUCUAUAUCUGCACUACAUUUCUAGCUUGAUUCCCAGAUCCCUGCUCACGGAAGAGGCCUAGAAGUCCUGAAGAUGGAAUAAAGUCACAUGAAAGCAAAACAAGAAAAUAUAUUUUCAGUUUUUUUGCCUUAUUGCUUUUUUUCAAAAAAAAAAACCUACUAAAUUAAAUAAUUUUUAAAAAGCUA